AUGGUGAAAUUCACUUCCAAGCUGUUCGCUGCGCUGGCUGUAGCUACCGCAGUUCUCGUCCACUCGGCCACAGGCACCGGAGCACCAGAGAAACGCGAUAUUGUAGAAAUCAGCACUCCGGGGGUGACCCAAACGCCCGUCCUCGACGAAGCUUCCGGGAAACCAAAGGUGUUCACAUUCCAUCGCUUCACUCCCUUCCCAGGCGGAUUCGCGGAGGUUUUCAUGAAAACCGAGUCGUGCCCGGCGGGAAGUGGGUACAACAGGUUCCAACGAAUGCAGUAUACCACCAGCUUCAGCCACAAGCACUCCUCUCCACUCGACAACCCGAUCAAGGGCAUCCUAUCCUCACUCUUCCCGGGUUCUAUUGGUCAUAGGACUCGUCGAAGGCCUGUCCACCUAAGGCGGUCCAGUAGAAACCGGGGUGUUCUCCCCGCAGACCCGUUCUUCUCUCCUCAAAUUCAACGUCGUGGGCGCCGAAAUCAGUGGUACCGUCGAGAUACGAUUUCGGACCACGAGGACGUCCUGUUCCGCAGGUUUUUGGAGGACGAGGAAGGGUAUUUGGCUAGGGAUGUCGAGGAUUUAGCCGACAUUGCGCUGAGGGAAGAAGUGUUGGACCUGAUUGCGAGGUUCGAGGAGCUCGAGGAGUACGGUGCUUACUAUUAG